AUGGCGACAGUAACUCUGCCCAAAACGAUGGCUGCCUGGCAGAAACAUCUUCCCAGCAAGGAACUGCUUCGUCUGGAGGUGUUGGUGCCGACUCCAAAUGAAGCCGAAAUACUGGUCAAGAUCGAGGCAGCAGGUGUAUGUCACAGUGACUACGCAUUGAAGCAGAUGGAAGCGCUGCCGCCCGAAUUUCUGGGCUGGAAGCCCAAUUUCACUAUGGGCCAUGAAGGUUGCGGUCAAAUCGUAGCAUGCGGAGCAGCAGUGAAGAGUUUCAAACCAGGUGACAAGGUGGCCAUAAUGUGUGUGCCAGGGUGUGGCGGCUCGACCUGUCCCGAAUGUUCGCGAGGAGUUCCACAAAUCUGCCACCAAGGCCCUCACUAUGGAGGUGGCCACGAUGGCUUUUUCGCCGAUUACGCCGUGGUUCCAGAGCGGGCAGCGGUCCCCCUACCGCCAGGGGUGAGCUUCGAAGCCGGUGCAGUGGCGACUGAUGCCUGCAUGACCGCACACCAUGCCGUCGUGGACCGUGUUCGAGUCAAAAGAGGCGACACCGUUUUGAUCGUCGGGCUGGGGGGCUUGGGCUUUAAUGCGUUGCAGAUCGCCCUGAGUAAGGGUGCUCGGGUCAUUGUGACGGACCAGCGACAAGUGGUGCUCGACGAGGCGGAAAAGGUCGGUGUCCAAAACCAUGAUAUUAUCCCAGCGGACACACCCAACCCGAGCGAGUGGAUUCGGGACAAAGGGGUCAUAAUUGAUUCGGCCAUCGACUUCUGCGGCACGAAACAGACCUUUGAGACUGCUGUGGCCAGCGUUCGCAAGGCAGGCACGGUAGUGGUCGUCGGCCUUCUCGGCCCGGAGCUUUCGUUGGUGACAGGCACGAUCGUACGGAAGCAGUUAAACAUCUUAGGAAGCUAUGGAGGCACGAUUGAAAACAUCAAGGACUGUCUAAAUCUGAUCCAAAGGGGUGUACUAGUUCCCCAAGUCACGAAGGGCAAGAUGGAAGACUUUCCGGCCAUCCUGGACGACCUUCACAAUGGAAAGAUAGUGGGAAGAAUGGUAAUGCUUCCAGGCUGA